CUCCAUCGAAGGCUCCGCCGCCGGCCAGGGAGGCUGGCGUCCUUCAGGGAACAGGGACAGCCCCUGGGAGGGGGAGGAAAGCUGGGCCUGGGGCCAGGAGACCCUGCGCUCGCAAGAUGGGGGGGCCAGGAGAGCCCGGCGUCUGAGGGCGGAAGACACCAGCCGGGCGAAGCGAGGAUUCGGGAACCGGCAGUGGGAAGCCAGGGAUGCAGCACCGAGGCGUCCUCCUCCUCGCCCUCCUCACCCUGCUGGCGCUCACCUCCGCGGUGGCCAAAAAGAAAGACAAAGUGAAGAAGGGCAGCCCGGGGAGCGAGUGCUCGGAGUGGACCUGGGGUCCCUGCACCCCUAGCAGCAAGGACUGUGGCGCCGGUUUCCGCGAAGGUACCUGCGGGGCCCAGACUCAGCGCAUCCGGUGCAGGGUGCCGUGCAACUGGAAGAAGGAGUUUGGAGCCGACUGCAAGUACAAGUUUGAGAACUGGGGAUCCUGUGAUGGGGGCUCAGGCACCAAAGCCCGCCAAGGCACCCUGAAGAAGGCGCGGUACAAUGCCCAGUGCCAGGAGACCAUCCGUGUGACCAAGCCCUGCACCCCCAAGACCAAAGCCAAGGCCAAAGCCAAGAAAGGGAAGGGAAAGGACUAGCAGCCAGGUCUGAAUGCCAGAGAGCUCCUGGCCCAUGCCCUUCUUCCCACAGGCCCAAGAUGUAACCCACCAGUGCCUUGUUACUCAUCAGCUUUAUCAAUCCUGCCCUGCCUCUUCCCUUUCCCUCCCCGCCCCCACUCCCAAGUGCCCACAGUGGGUAGGGACAAGGGAUUCUGGGCAGCUUGAGCCUCCCCUCAAGGGAUUUGAUUCCCGUUCCCCUUUUGUUCUUCCCCACAAUGAUGCCAUUACUAAGAAACAAGCUCAUUUUUUUUCCCAAUAAAAGCUUUUUUUUUUUUUUAAUAUAUAAAAGCCCCUU